GAUAUUAUAAUGGUAUUAUAGAGAUAUUGUAGAGAUAUUAUAGACGUAUUAUAUAGAUAUUAUAGAUGUAUUAAAGAGAUAUUGUAGAGAUAUUAUAGAUAUAUUAUAGAUAUAUUAUAGAGACAUUAUAGAGAUAUUAUAGAUGCAUUAUAAUGGUAUUAUAGAGAUAGAGAUAAUAUAGAGAUAUUAUAAUGGUAUUAUAGAGAUAUUGUAGAGAUAUUAUAGACGUAUUAUAUAGAUGUUAUAGAUGUAUUAAAGAAAUAUUGUAGAGAUUUACAAAUGUAUUAUAGAAACAGUAUAGAUGUAUUAUACAUAUAUUACAGAUGUAUUAUAGAGAUAUUACCGAGAUAUAAUAGAGAUAUUAUAGAAAAUCCCUCGCGCUGUUUUUAAUCGGAGCGUUUUCUCCAAAGCGCGCGGUGGUGACGUCACCGGAGCAGUCCGCCAUCUUUGGCGGGAGGUCGGGAGCCGGAGCGGCGCAGCUGCAGAUACGAGGUUUUAUAGCGAUAUAUCAGAGCAACAGCGGGUACUACCAGAGCCCUGUCUACUAUGUAGAGCUUCUAUAUGGAGGAAGAUAUCGUCAUGCCAUCCAGUUGUUGCGUCAUUAACUGCUCCUCCCAGAAGCCCUGCAGAAACCCUGACCAGACUCUCUCCUUCCACAGAUUUCCUAAGGAUGCUGAGCGAAGGCUGGAGUGGUGUAAUGCAUUGCAGAUGCAGACGGCAGCUCUGGAGCCGUUCACUCUGUCCUGUAACAGCGUGCUGUGCAGUAAACACUUCACCGAGGACAUGUUCGACCGCACUGGCCAGACUGUCCGUCUGAGAGACACUGCCGUACCCUCUGUCUUUAAUUUACAAAUCACUAAGAAAGUAAAAGAUGAAGCUACAAAAGAGAUGAUUCCACACAAAAGGAGAAACAGUGCACAUCUGCUGAGAAGAAGAAGAAAGAAGAAUUGGGAAGGAAGCAAUAAAGAGAGAAUACAAAGCACAGCCUCAGGUCUGGGAGAGUUGGCUCUGGCGGCUGAGCUGAUGGAGGAGAGCCAGCAGGAGAUUCAGAAAGGAUUCCAGAACGACCACGGUGGCCUUCCCCUCCCGUCCGACCCGGCGAGACUGAGCGUUCUGGUGCGAAACCUGGCGAAAGAGAGACACUGGCAGGGGGAGACGCUGCUCUCGCUCCGCAAAGAGCUCAAAACCAAGGACGCUCAGCUGCAGGAGAAGAAGCUGCAGUUGGAGAGGAUGGUGGAGAGUCAGAGAGAUGCUGAUAAGUAUAAAAUCUGCUCUCUGGAGAACAUGUUAUGUAAGCAGCGCCUGGAGACGCUGAAAGUACAGGAGGAACUGUCCCAAACCAGGAAGCAGCUGAAGGAACGUACAGAGGCCCUGCACUGCCUGGCUGCUGUCAGACAGGUCACUCCAUCCUCUCGUGCGAGCAUGUUCACUGUGAAGGCUCUGUGCCGUGGUUCGGUGAAGUGGCUCCGUUUCUACACUGGUUUUAAAUCGUACGCUCGUUUCCGGGCUCUGCUGGCCUUCCUGCAGGGCUCCGAUGGAUCCGUCCUGCACUGGAAUGAUCGGGAGGAGGAGGAGGAAAAGAGCAGGGAGGAUGAAGGGAUGAGUGAGAAGAUGGAGAAGAAUCCAAGUUCAGACCAAACUUCAACGGAAGAGUCGAGGCUUCAGGUAUCAGAGGAUGAUGCUACAGCAGCAGCAGGACCUGAUUCUGGAGGCUGGAGGUGGGAGGAGACAGCGGAGACGGUGAGGCUGAGGCUGAUUGGUUCUCAGCGGGGUGAGGAGAGCAGACGCUACGCCCUCAGCCCGGAGGACCAGCUGCUGCUGGUGCUGACCCGCCUCCGCCUGGGCCUCCUCACCUCAGACCUGUCCUUCCGCUUCCAAAUAGCAGAGGCCACCGUCUCCCGCAUGUGGGUGCAGUGGGUGGAGCUCCUGCGGAAGAAGCUGCAGCAGAUCCCGGUGCGCUGCAGUCCUCAUUACGUCUCCGUAUUUCAGCCUAAACACACUCUGUCCUGUGUUUCGGGUCGUCAGCUGACCAUCCUGCACUGCGUGGACCUCUUCUGUAGCUCCUCAAAACGGGACCGGCAGCAGGCGGCCAGAAGGCUACGCCCCUCCUCAGACGGGCAGCACCUAUCAGCUCUGCCGUAUCGAUUUCCCUGCCCGGUCCGUGUCUGCGCCGUGGCCUCGCCGGAGGGCUACCUGGGCUUCUGCAGCUCCGCCCGCCUGGAUGAGUGGCAGGAGUGGACAGCCAAUCAGGAUAACCCAAAGCCUUUAACCUUACCUGCGUUUGUAAUGAAUGGGGAGGGGGCGGAGCCUCUCGCUGGUAUGCCAGUAAGGGAAGUGCUGAGUAUUAAGAGUCUGACGGACAAAGUGAUGAAAUAUCAUUAUCUGAGGACGGUUCAUGCACACGGGUCAGAGGCUCUGCUGGACCAGGCCUGGGAGGUGUGCUGCUACCUGGCCUGCCUACUGUAUCAGCCAAUGGGGCUGCGCUAACUGCAGGUCACUAGCCAAUAGGGCUACAAGAUACUGGAAAAAUAAUUUUUGGCUCUGCAACGUAUAUUGCUGUUAGUGUUGUUGUCAAGACCACUAGACCUGAUUCAAGACCAAGACUUGUAGGUAUUUGAGUCCAAGUCAAGACCAAAAGUUUUGGUAGUUAAAUCUGAGUCCAAGACCAAGACUUCUAGUUGUUGAGUCCAAGUCAAGACCAAGACUUUUGGUUGUUGAAUCCAAGUCAAGACCAAGACUUUUGGUUGUUGAGUCCAAGACUGUUGGGCAUUGAGUCUGAAUCAAGACCAGGACUUUUGGUGAUCAAGUCCAUGUCAAAAUCAAGACUUUUGGUAGUUAAAUCUGAGUCAAGACCAAGAUUUUCAAUUGUUGAGUCUGAGUCAAUACCAAUAUUUUGUUAGUUGAGCCAGAGUCAAGACCUGGACAUAUUGAGUCCAAAACAAGUCUUUUGGUAGUUGAGUUAGAGUCAAGAUGAGUUCAAGUCAUAGAGUCCAAGUCAAGACCAAGACUUGG